CGUGAUUGCGCGCUCCCGGGGAGGGAGCAGGAGGAGGAGUCAACGAUCCUCCGCGAGGCAACAUUGUCUUAGCAAGAAGAGCGUCUCCUGCGUGGCACAUUUUUUUUUAAACCCUCACGGAAAGUAUACCGAAUAGCCCAAUUCAAGCCAUCGAGAGUUUGAUUUAUCCAACAAAGGAUAUUUACCGAGAAUUCUUAUGUAACCCACUUGAGAGUGAACGGAUUAACAUUGAGGGAUCGUGGUUCAUUUCCUGACUGCGAACGGAUACAGCUUUACACCGAUAGAGAGGCUAAACUCAAGUCCCUUCGUCCUGACAUGGACACAGGAUUCGUACCCGAAAAGAAAAGAGUGAGUUCAGAGCGGAGGAAGGAGAAAUCCAGGGAUGCAGCGAGAUGCCGGCGUGGGAAGGAGUCGGAGGUGUUUUACGAGCUGGCCACGCUGCUGCCGCUCCCUCACAGCGUCAGCUCCAGCCUGGACAAAGCUUCAGUCAUGAGACUCACCAUAAGUUACCUGCGUAUGAGAAAACUACUGGGCUCCGAUGAGCCUAAACAAGAAGAGGAAACCGAGCUGGAUAUGAAGUUCAACAGUUCCUACCUUAAGGCUCUGGACGGUUUUCUCAUGGUGCUGUCUGAAGACGGAGAUAUAAUCUAUCUCUCAGAGAAUGUCAACAAGUGCCUUGGACUGGCGCAGUUUGAUCUGACCGGGCAAAAUGUGUUUGACUACACACAUCCCUGUGACCAGGAGGAGCUGAGGGAAAUGUUGGUGUACAGAACAGGCUCCAAGAAAGCAAAAGAACCAAAUUCAGAGCGCAGCUUCUUCCUCCGAAUGAAGUGCACGCUCACUAGCAGAGGCCGCACCGUCAACGUCAAGUCAGCUACAUGGAAGGUGCUUCACUGCUCGGGUCACGUGCACGUUAACGGCGUCCAAGCUGAGCAGAACAGUAACGGACAAAAGGAGCCUCCUGUGCCGUACCUGGUUCUGAUCUGUGAUCCAAUCCCCCACCCCUCCAACAUCGAAGUCCCUCUGGACACCAAGACCUUCCUCAGCCGCCACACCAUGGACAUGAAGUUCACAUACUGUGAUGAGAGGAUCACUGAGCUCAUGGGUUAUGACCCAGAAGACCUGCUAAAUCGUUCUAUUUAUGAGUACUACCACGCUCUGGACUCGGACCAUCUCACUAAAACUCACCACAACUUGUUUGCUAAAGGCCAGGUCUGCACGGGUAGAUACCGGAUGUUGGCGAAGAGCGGAGGCUUUGUGUGGGUCGAAACACAAGCCACAGUUAUCUACAACAACAAGAACUCUCAGCCGCAGUGUGUUGUUUGUGUCAACUUUGUGCUCAGUGGAAUCCAGGAAGAGAAGCUGAUUAUGUCUCUGGAUCAGAUUGAGGAUGUGAAAUCGGUGAAAGAGGAGCCGCAGGAGGCAGACGAAGCUGCAGCUGAGAGCGAUGAGACGGCCUCACCAAAGCCAGAAAACGGACCAGAGCAAGAACUGAUAAAGCACUUUAAAAAGAUGGCGCAGUCAGAACCGUUUGACACACUGUAUGACCAGCUGAAGGAGGAGCCCGAGGCCCUCACCCUGCUCGCUCCAGCAGCUGGAGACACAAUCAUCUCUCUGGAUUUUAGCCAGCCUGAACCAGAACCAGAGAUCCACUUGCUGAAGGACGCUCCUCUCUACAAUGAUGUAAUGCUGCUUUCCACAAGUGACAAGCUGGCUCUGCCUCUGUCCCCUCUGCCGCCCAGCGAGGCUCUCAGUCUGUCCAACACACCUGAGGAGGUUAAACCUGAGAGUCCCACCGCAGCCCCUCCCAGCACGCUGAUCCCUGACAGUCCGCCGCAGACCGACAGUUCGAUAGACUUUUGCUUCCCCAUGGAUUCAGAAGAGAACUCUGAAUUCAAACUGGACCUGGUGGAGAAGAUGUUUGCCAUCGACACCGAAUCCAAAACCCCCUUCAACACACAGGACUUGGAUCUGGAGAUGUUGGCUCCCUACAUCUCCAUGGACGAUGAUUUCCAGCUGCCUUGUGUCACCGUAGAGGAGCCACAGCCCUCUGGACCAGUCAAACUCCUGAAACCCUCCCCGGUUUGUGUUACAAAAGACGCCCUCAGCUAUCCCACCCCCCAGCUAAACCCGCUCAGCGGUUGCACGGCCUCUCCAGGACCGCCUGACACUGCCGGCACCCCGUCUCUGCCCGCCGAGACACCGAAGAGAGCUGGAAACCUGGAGAAAGAUGUCCACCCCUGCAGUCCUGCUGCUCCAAACACGCAGCGUAAAAGAAAACUGAGUGAUCUAAUGGAGAUCAUUGAACAGGGACCUUUGCCCAAGGAGUUGGAGAAGGGCAAAAAACUAAAACCAUCGGAGCUGGGAACAACUAGGACUGUCCUUUUGGUACCUUCAGAUUUGGCGAGUCGACUUCUUGGCACCACUUCAGAGAGCUCCAGUUCUCCCUUCACUCUGCCGCAGCUCACUCGCUACGACUGCGAGGUAAACGCCCCUUUACAAGGUCGCCAGUACCUCCUGCAGGGGGAGGAGCUACUGCGGGCAUUGGACCAUGUCAUCUGAGUCAGUGUUUCACUGCUGGACUAUACUGGACACUACAAUUAGUCCCUGACAUUUUCAUCCGCCCUCUUCCUUCCCUCAAUCCCACACUUCCUUAUUUAUGUAUCCGUACGAGUUCGACUGUAGUCUGGCUGCUGUCUGUGCACAUCGUGUGAUAUUUGCAGCAUUCCACCAAGACAAAACACCACGGCAGCAGUUUGGGUUCUUAUUUUUUUAAUUUGUUUCGGUGCGAGGGAUUCGAGCAUCAUGGGAUUCCCUGUCGUAGUUCUUGGUUCGUUCUGUUUCUCCCUCUUCCUGGGGGGGUUCUCUCAGCACACAGCGCCUUGACAGAUGACCCGUCUGCAACAGGUCACCAUAGAACCUGGCGCUACUGCCAGCAGUGUAUUGUAAGCUUCAGUCGCACAAUUUCUAUUUUCUUAAAGAAAAAAAAAUACUACCAGCAAUAUAUAUUAAGCCUUUUUAACGUAGUUUUAAUGGGAUAUAAACAGUUUUAUUUUUUCUUCCCAUACUUGUAUGUUGUAGUACUCGUACCUAACGGAUGUCUUUAGUCCAGAACGAUGCGGCUUAAACCUAAAGUGGGUUGAAUGUUUCCAUUUAAUGGCUGUCUUUGAUCUAAACACAACUGUGUAGCAAUCUAGUACAAGUCACUUUAUUAUUUUACUGUGUGUUACUGUACAUAUACCAGGGAAAUUUGUUCCGUGUGACUUCACAGUUUGAAGUUCUUAUCUCAUGCAGGAUUGACUUAUAUUUUUUUUAAAAACAUGAAUUAGAUUCAUGAUGUUAAUCAUGUGUGACAUUCUCAAAGCGGUCAGUUCUAAUCAUAUUUUGCUCAUCCUAACAUUUGUGACUUGUCAGGCUUUCUCACUUCAAUGGUAGUCCAUUUAAUACCGUUUCUUCUCGCCGUAGUGUUGAGUCUCUAAUGCUACUUUUGCUGUUUAACAAUAAAUGGCUUUAAAAGAAAAAUAAGAAAA